AUGGAGACCAGCGUUGAAGUACCACCUGCUGAAGGUGUGAAUAACGACACCUUAAAAGUCACAGAAGUCGAUGACGGUUGGAUGUUUCCAGCAGAUGCUGAUGUUAAGUUGGCGACUCAAGUCACUUUCGCGGUGAUCGUGAUUCUCGUGAUGAAAGUUGCAUAUGAGUAUUGGCAAAAUCGUCGUCGCCGCCGACAAAGGCCAGAUAUGGGAACUGACGCAGAAAGCGAGAGACAUCGAUUGAAUAGCCAAAGACGAAUCGACGAAGCACUACGACAGCCAACACACGAGUGCCCGAUUUGCUUAGCAGAAGCUAAUUUUGCAGUUUUGACGGACUGUGGACACAUUUUUUGCUGCUUCUGCAUUAUACAAUACUGGCAACAGAGCAAACCAAUACUCGCUCCGUGUGAUUGUGCAAUGUGCAGAUGCACUUUCUACAUGCUGCUCCCUGUCCGUUGGCCAUCUUCCGGUAUUUCCGAUGAAAUCGAUGAUCAGAUACACGAAAACAAUAUGAAGAUCGAUGAUUAUAAUAGAAGAUUUUCAGUUAAUAGACCGAAUCCGCAUGGCAUUCGUGAUCUUCUGCGUCGUCUCUAUUUCCUCCUUCCAUUCGACAUUGUCCCAGAGAGCGUUUACGGAGUCAUUGGGUUCUUGGACGACUGUAUAAUAGGACUCGUUAUCAUCUGCGCCUUCCUUCGUUGGUUCAGAAACUACAUGGCGGAACGCGGAAUGGCUAAUCGUCAAUAG